AUGGCCUUUGGGAACAAGGCGGCGACGCACGAGCACGACUUCCUCUCGCUGUACGCCGCCGCCGCCAAGGACGCUCCUCUCCUGCUCCACGACUUCAAGGCGCCGCCGCCUGCCUCUCAAGGUAAUUUCCUCUUGAAGACGCACGACUUCCUGCAGCCGUUGGAUCAGAAGCCGGGAGCGCCGCCGGCGGAGCCGUCGCCGCUGCCCGCUUCCGCCGCGGAGAGCAGGCACCGGCAGCAGGUGGUGCACGCGCUGCCUCUGCCCGGCGGCGUCGGCACCUUCAGCAUCAGCCCCGCGCCCGUGUCGGUCGCGCUGCCGGCGCCCGCCGUCGUCAAGUCGGAGCCGCCGUUCGUGCUCUGGGGCCAGCCAGCCGCGACGCUGCAGCCGGGCGCGCGAGGGCACCAGCAGCAGCAGUGGGCGCUCCCCUUCGCCGGCGCCGGGCAGGUCAGGCCGCCGCCGCCGCAGCAGCAGGCGCCACCGGAUAGGAAGGGCCGCAGCGGAGGCGGGGUCAUGGAGUCUGGCUCCAGAUCCAGCGGCGGGGCGGGGUUCGACGACGACGACGACCUCACCACGCGCCGCGAGGUCUCCUCCUCGCUCCAAGAUUUGACAGUAAGGGUGGACAGGAAGGCUGGGAGCUGCAGCGAUGGUGGUACAGAUCAGCGGCCAAACACACCGCGGUCAAAACACUCGGCCACAGAGCAGCGCAGACGCAGCAAGAUCAAUGAUAGGUUUCAGAUACUUAGGGAGCUGUUGCCACACAAUGAUCAAAAGAGAGACAAAGCAACAUUUCUCUUGGAGGUUAUUGAAUAUAUACGGUUUUUGCAAGAGAAAGUGCAAAAAUACGAGGCAACAUUCCCAGAAUGGAACCAAGAAAAUGCAAAGAUGCUUCCAUGGUCAAAUAUGUAUUUUCGAUCAUUCUGGAAAAAUGCACAGAGUAAAGGCCAAAUCCCUGGAGAUUCUCCGCCUGACCCUUCACAUUUCAUGAGAAAUGGAUCCUCCCCUGGAUCUAAUUUCACUGGGAAACUCGAUGAUAAUCACAACAUAGUGACAUCUGCAGCUGCAUCAGGGGCACAGGAUCAGGCAGAAACUGAUCACAUGGCUAGCGGGUGCUACAGAUCAGCAGAUACACCGGCGAAUAUUACAAAUAAUGCUAUAUCUCAGUCCCAACCUCAAUGGACAGGUCCAUCCCCUGUGGAUGAUUCUGCAAUGAACAGGGAAAUGCUUAACAACCAGCAGUUGGUGAUAGAUGAAGGAACGAUCAGCGUGUCCAGUAACUAUUCCCAAGAGUUACUUAACUCGUUGACUCACGCCCUUCAAAGCUCAGGUGUAGAUUUGUCCCAAGCCAGCAUCUCUGUGCAGAUCAACCUGGGAAAGCGUGCUGUCAAGAGACCUGUUGCUGGUGUAUCCUCCAACUCCAAGGAACCAACCGAUCCAGCAUCUAGUAACGAAUUAGGCCAUCAGCUGACGACAAUGUUGGGUGCCGGUGCUGACGAUCUCUCUCACGCAAUGAAGCGGCAUAAACCCGGCAACAGCUGA